CGGAGAGAAAUUGUCAGAAGCGCCGUGUCACUUCUCCGCGGUGAGGUAGGAUAGUCGUGACCCGUUCUCAUGGACCUUGCGCUCUCCCCCCUCCGUGGGUGCGUCGAUCUCGUGCGUGGCCGCGCUCUCCUGCCUGCCCCCUCCGUCCCGCCCUCGAACCGGUGACCCAAGUAUAUAUCCCCGCCCCUCCCUCUCCCCCUCCGUCGGUGCUCUCCAGGUAGGACCGUCUGCUUGAGGUCCCCCGGCAGUGCGGCCUGCUUCCGUCAGCGACACGAGUCCUUUACUCGACAGUCGUCCUUCGUACGCGACGCAUCGCCAGCGAGAGCACCAAGAGCGGUGCCCAAGUGUGACACUCUUCAUCGGUCGGGGUUCUCUCUGAUAUCAUAUUCGCAUCCUCCGCGGUGUGAUGUGAGGACACGCGACAGCGACGAGUUCUCGUCAUCGCUGAACGGACAGCUCGAUCGUUUGUUAGGAGGUAGCGGCUCUCGGGAGCCAAGAGAUAUAUUUCAACCCUUCGAGGAUCAUCUUGGUUAGACACACCGAGGGUCCUUGAUGAGGCUGCCACUGCUGUAACCCGGGUCCAGCGAGAUCCCAAGACUAUUGUUGACAGUGGUAUACCCGUCUUUCGUGUUCAGUGCUGCGUGGCGCGUUUGUUUGGGUGUGAAGUGCCGGGACCGACCUUGAGGCUUCAUGACUUGCCUACGGCGUUGACGACAUCCGACCAUGGAUUACUCGAAAGUUACACUUAAGAGCGGACACGACCACGGACUCAACGAGGCUCAAGCUGAUGUAGCAUCGCCGCCAUCUAGCGUUGAGUUAACAGAGAACACGCAUCCCUGCCCGGCGUGUCCUACGGUCCUGCAGAGCUCCAGGGACCUGACGAACCACCUGCGCGGCCACAACUCGCCCCGCAGCACGGACUGCAGCGGCGAAGAGGACCACUGCUGCGGCGUGUGCAACAAGGUGCUGAGCUCGGCAAGUUCGCUCGACAGGCACGUGCUGGUACACUCUGGCGAGCGGCCGUUUAAAUGUAAAUACUGCGACAUGGCGUUCACGACGAACGGCAACAUGAACCGGCACCUGAGGACCGCGCACCGGUCCACCUCGCCGCAGAGCUACACGGACUCCGAGAGCAGCAACACAGACUCGGAGAGGCCACCGAAGAGGCGGCACAUCGAAGAGUUCAACAACAACGAGGUCGCGAAAGGGAACUCCCCGGACUACAUCGACCGCCAAGAGAAGCCCGGCAACCUGAAGCGCAAGAGCUCGGACUGCCUGGCCGACAGCGACGGCCACAAGAGGCACAAGAUCCUCUUGAACAACUCGCGCGCUGAGAUCAGAGCCAGGCCGGACGAAAACCAGAACGCGUACAACUGCCAGGUAUGCGGCAGGCAGGAUUUCGCGACCAGCGCGCUCCUCGAGGCGCACCUGGAGCGCUGCCACCCCGAGUUCCCGGCGAAAUGCGAGUCCUGCAACCUGUCCUUCAAGAACCACCGGGUGCUGAACCUGCACAGGUUCAUGAUCCACUUCGCGGACCACUCGACCGGGAACACCGCGAGGAACCUGCGCAACUCGGUGGUCGGGUUCAACGAUCUGACGUUCGUCGACUUCUCGUCGGACAAGUUCCCGGCGAUCGCGAGGGCGGUCUGCGAGCAAUCCCUCCACCGUCCGGCGUCCGGGGAGGUAGCCAAGUUCCAGUGCUCCAAGUGUCUGCGAGCGUUCCCGUGCAGAUCGGCGUUGGACUCGCACGAGAUCGACUGCGGCACCAACAUCGCGCAGACUAGGGUGACCGACGACAGCCAGUCGAGGAGGGACGACUUCUUCGCUGGCCUCGACCUGCAGAACAAGUCCGCGCUGACGGAGGCGAAAGAGGGCAAGGACCUGGCCGACAUUCAGAGCAUCAUCUCGGUCACGUCCGGCCCGAUCCUGCAGAACUUCCCCAGGUCGGACGCGAGCACGCCCGAGAGCGCCAUCAAGUUCAGCCAGAGGGCGAGCUCCUCGGGAUCGUCGGGCACCGCGUCCUCCGAGUAUCACGAGGAGGAAGCCCAAGACGCGUUCGCCGCGGAGUUCCGCAAGAUGAAGCUGAAGGGCGAGUUCCCGUGUCGGCUGUGCACCGCGAUAUUCCCGAACCUGCGGGCGCUGAAGGGGCACAACAGGGCGCACAUGGGCGUCGCCCCCGGGAUGCCGUAUCCCUGCAACAUGUGUCCGUACACGAGCACGGACAAGAACACGCUGGUGAGACACCUGAGGUCGCACAACGGGGACCGUCCGUACGAGUGCUCGCUGUGCAAGUACGCGUUCACCACGAAGGCGAACUGCGAGCGGCACGUUCGGAACAGGCACGGCAAGCUGACCAGGGAGGACAUCAAGAGCGUGCUGAUCUACCACCCGAACGAGGACUCGACGGCCGAGAGCGUGGAGAGGAGUUCGUCGCGGGUGACGAAAGACGACGCGAGGAAGACCCUGGUCUACCCGGCCGACCGCGACGAGUUGCAGCACCAGGCGCAGGUGCACUACCCCUCGGCGCCGAUGGAGGGCCGCGGGGAGAUCAGAAUAAUCGAGGAGGCGAAGCUCCACGGCGCGUUGUCCAUGUGCUACGAGGCGGGCGACGCGUUCGGGAGACCCGGCCAGGCGAUGGAGCUGGCGCAGCGGAGCGCGGACGACGGGAAGUCCGCGACGGACGCCAGGCUGGACUACGCGAAGAUAGAGGAGGACGUAGAGUCCAGGUCGUCGGAGGGUAGCGUGUCUCUAGUCAAUGAUGCCAAAUCAGACUCGCACCAAAGAAUUCAGGCUAGUCCGAUGAACCUGAAGAAGAGUUCAGCGUCCGAGGGGGCCGGUGAGGACGGGCCCCUGGACUUGUCGAUGGACGUCCUGGACCUUAGCAAGAAGUCCAAGGAGAAGGAGGACGGUGAGUACCUAGCCGGCCAGGAGCAGUACGGGAAGAGCCAGAAGGACCUGUACAGCGCCACCAGCCAGCUGUUGCUCACCGAGGCUCUGUUAAAGGCUGGACAGAGCAGCUCCCAGCCCACGUCGCUGGAGGCGUUGUACGCCAACGCCCACUUGAUCUACAGGAACUUCGGGUCGUUCCCUGGCGGCGUCGGGGCUGGGAUACUGCCGCCAUACUUGUUCAAUCCCCACAUGUUUGGACAAGAUUUCUCGAUGAAGGACAGGCUCCAGAAGGAGCUGGUCAGGGGUCUGCAGCUGACCAGCGGGGGCACCCUCGUGGAGCCGCCGAUCAGCGCCGGCGGGUUCAACGCGUACCCGCACGGCAGAGACAUGGGCGCGCAGUCGGCGAGCGAGCAGGCCGACUACGCGAAGCUGAUCUCGUCGAAGCUGGCGAGCAAGCCGGUCGUGAGCCGGGACAAGCCCGAGGGUACGUCUUCGUCGAACUCGGUGAAGAUGGUGAUCAAGAACGGGGUGCUGAUGCCGAAGCAGAAGCAGAGACGGUACAGGACCGAGAGGCCGUUCACCUGCGAGCACUGCUCCGCCAGGUUCACGCUGCGCAGCAACAUGGAGAGGCACAUCAAGCAACAGCACCCGCAGCACUGGAGCCAGAGACCCAGGGGCGGCCACUCGACCAGGGGCAGGCCACCCGCGAGUCACCCGACGCUGCUGCAGAACCUGACGCAACCCGCGUCCCAAGCGGCGCAGACGUACCCGAGCAUACUGCCGAAGACGGAGCAGUCGAGCGAGUACACGGCGAAACACCCGAUAUCGGACCAGGUGAAGUACGCGAUCCUGGCGCAGCAGCUGAAGGCCAACAAGGCCGAGGACAACGACUCCGAGGAGGAGCUGGUGAUCGACGAGGAUCCGCAGGACAAGGAUCAGGAUCCUCAGAAAGAGAAGACCACCAGUCUGCUCAGGGGUCAGCUGGAGGCUGCGGACCCGGUCGCGGAGGCCGGCAAGCCGGAGGCUGAAGAGGCUAAGGGCGACUCCACGAACACCGAGUCGGCGAACAGCGAGAACGCCAGCGACGAGGCUAAGCUGUCCGAAUCGGAGCAGCCGACGGAGGCCAGCGAGGCCGGCGACGACGCGAAGACGCUGGCCAAAGCGGAGCCCGCCGAGGACAAGACGGAGAAGAUGGAGGACGGCGCGACCGACUUGGCCAGCGUCUCGAAGCUGCUGGACAACGCGUCGCAGCAGUACCAGCAGUUCCAGCCGCAGUACCUCAGCGACGAGGAGGGCUUGGUGGCGUCCAACAGCGACUGCAACAACUCGGGCAGCGACGAGAAGUCGGACUCCGUGAACUCGGUGAACUCGGUCAGCAGUCCGUCGAAGAAGAAGCGCAAGAAGAAGAAGAAGUCCGCGUACUCGAUGGCGCCGAACCGAGUGAUCUGCCCGUACUGCGAGAGGCCGUUCCCGUGGACGUCCUCCCUGAGGAGGCACAUCCUCACGCACACCGGCCAGAAGCCGUACCAGUGCGUCCACUGCUCGCUGCUGUUCACCACCAAGUCGAACUGCGACCGCCACCUGCUGAGGAAGCACAAGGCGAACCCGAACAAGGUGCGCAGGGUUCGCAACUCGUCGUCGCCGGACAGCCAGCCCGUGACGGGCGGCAGCAACAACUCGUUCUCGAUGAGGAACGUACCCGAGCGGCCCUACAAGUGCAAUCAGUGCCCCAGCUCGACCUUCUCCACGCUGGGCAACCUGAAGAAGCACCGCUCGACGAAGCACCCGCGCAAGGCGAAGUCGAGGCCAGACUCUCCGUCCAGCGAGCCGCAGAACAGCCCUCAGGAGUGCUCGAAGCAGAACGAGCAGACCGACUACGACAGCCAGUCGUCGAGCAUCUCCGAGGGCAUCGAGGCGACGAUGCCCGCGCUGGCCAAGACCACGCCCAACACCUCGUCGUCCGCCAAUGACACGUCCAGGUCUAGACGGCUGUCGCCGAGGUCGUCGCCGGGGCCCAGCGACGUGCCGUUCAAGUGUCAUCUCUGCGACUGCGGAUUCUCCGAGCGGCAGGAAUGCCUGGAGCACAUCAAGGCGAACCACAAGAGGUCCUACGAGAUGCUGGUGGCCAAGGGCGCGUUGGAUAUGGACAUCGAUGCUGUGGAGGACCAGCAGCAGCCGCCACCGUCGCAGAAUCCCAGCGACGGCGAAGAGAAGAGAGGACGCUUCCCUGACUACAGUAACAGAAAGGUGGUCUGUGCUUUCUGCAUGAGGAGAUUCUGGUCUGCAGAGGACCUGCGCCGGCACAUGAGAACGCACACCGGCGAGCGGCCGUUCUCCUGCGACAUCUGCUGCAGAAGGUUCACGCUGAAGCACAGCAUGCUUCGGCACAGGAAGAAGCACGAGUCGGUCGACUCCACCAUGUACGUAGGUACCAGCGGCGACGAGGAAAACUCGCCUAUCCAACCGCCCACCAUAACCCCAAGAAGCCAACAGCAACCGCCCGUUCUAGUGGCGGCGAACUCUGGGAACCUGAGGGCGCAGGACAGGAUCUCGCUGCCGACCGUCGCCCCGGUCGCAACAGGAGACGCUGGUCCCGGCGGUCUGAUGAGGUUCAACCCCUACGAGAAGCUGACGACCUUGACCGGAAAGCUCGCCAGCAUCCCGCAGAACGUGAACCCCGAGACCAGUGAGAGCGCCGACAACGACCUGAUCUCGAACCUCCUCGGGAUAAGGGACAAGAAUUUCAUCGACCGCGUGCUCCAGGCGUCCGCCGACGACGCGGCGAAGCUUCUCGGAGUGAAACGCAGCCACGAGUAAGGCCGCACUCGACCGCUGCCCCGGACAUUACACGACCGUGCCUUAAACUGCUCGCCUCCAGCGCCAGAGGUUGAUCAACCGCGCGACUCGGUUGAUCCUUGGAUCGUUGGCCCGAGAUCUAAGAGAGCAGAUAGUCUUAAGUAAAAGGAAAUAUGUAAAUAUACCCGUGACCCACGCUGCUCCGUAUUGGGUCGUUUUAGUUGAUUUUAAUCUCGCGGAGACUCGUUUUUACUCUAGACGUAAGGAUAUGUAUAUAUUAUUUAUCCAUAUUUAUUUAGUGACGUAGUCUUCAUUGUUACUCGGUUCUGCGUUAUGGUAAUCGUAUCAACGAAUCGUGUCCCUUAGAGUCGAGUCUGUUAGGCUAGUUUCAACCGUAUUCUCUAUGUCUGGACAGUAAGUACCGUUCGAUGAUACGUUUGACCAACGCGACGAGAAUCGCGUCGAUAAUGAAAAGUACGUCACCAGUUCGUCGAAUAUUUAACAACGAAUCACGGAAAAGAUCUCAUCGGGUUCCCGCGUAAUGUAAAUAGCGUGCUGAGCGAGAACGAGUUCGGUUCGGAUGUGUCAGCGACGAAGCGUCAACUGCGUAGCCGAUAAUCGUUUUCAACGGUUCGCUCUCCGUCGGUAAUUUCGAAACGUGCUAGUGUAUAUAAACUGCGUCUACUUCUGUAUGUAUCUUUCAUCUCUCUAUCUGUAUAUAUCUCUAUCUCUAUUCCGCGUGGUGUACAUAUUAAUAUUAUUCGCGAGCGAGCGAGCGAGCAGAGACAAAACGACGGACGAAGAGGACAGACGAGACUGCGUCGACGGUUCGAACCAUGAAGAGGAGCGUCAAAAUGGACAGCACGUACACAACAUUCAGACAAUAUUCUGCUUUCCUCCAUCGGUUCGCGCCGAUAAAACCCAAAGAUACAUUUUACACAAUAAAUUAUGUUAGCCAUAUACGUAAAUACUAUUUAUUGUUCGUCGUGUAUUUAAAACCAGAGAUCUCGAGCCGAGGGACAGGGCGGGACCCGAUCGGUACGCGUCGCGUUCUGCUCUCUCGGCCGGGAACGUGUUAAGUCAAAACUGCUAAGAAGGAAACAUCGAUGAUAAUACGCAAAACAUAGAGCAAUAUAGAAAAUUUAUGAUAUACAAAAUAUAUAUAUACAUUCGAUUUAUAUUCCGUCGCGUAUAGAUAUACUUGUAUAUAGAUAGCCUAAUUGAACACUUGAGUAGGUCUAUGUUUCGCGUCGUGCAUAGUCCGUGUUAAGACGGUAUUUAACUGCAAUUGUACCAAAUAGUCGAGCCUCGGUUCCCUUGUAAUUGCGAAAUCGAACCGAGCCGAUAAAACGUUUCUAUUUCCUAUACAACCUCUCUCUCUCUCUACUUUCUUUCAAUAUUUCCUAAUUCCUUCUAUUUUCGUGCAAUUUCUUCGUUCACCCUUGUAAUUCUCUAUCCGAUAUUUUCCUUUGAUCUUCGAUUCUCCUCUAGAUCCUUCUCUAUCUUUAUCUCUGUCUCUAUCCUUUUAUCUCUGCGUCUUUAUUACUGUUACGUUUCUCUGUAUAAACUCACUGUAUUUAUUGUUUUAUAAUAAAAAAACCGACUGUGCAGAAAUCGUCGCAGGUUCAUAUGAAAUUGAGUUUUCAAGUUUACUCGGGGUGACUUUCAACGGUGCUCGAGGCUUUCCAAAAUACCCACAAUUUUUCUUUUUAGAUUACCCGGACUAGAAACAAUAACAUUCGCUUGGGGUGACUUUUUUUGACUAUUGACUAUUUUUUAGAGAACCUAGGCUCCAAACAAAAAUUCAUUUCAAGGAUCUUAUGGGAAUAUUCGUCGAGAAGUUGGAAUUAUUUUCUGGGCAAACUGGCGGGGUAAUUGCCCCCAUAAUUUUGAGGUUAACGGCGUUUCAGGGUCACGUAUAGGCGAUCCGAUGUCUUAUCGAUCGCGACACAAACACGACCGGACAGACCCGACCACGCUAAACGUGAUCGCGCCCAUGCGAACGAAUAGAAAUAGGAAAUAUUCGAAAACCGGAAUUCGAUGAUUGUGCUCGAUAUUACACGUAAACGAGGUCGCGCAAAUGUUUGGAUAUUUUUGUUGCUUGGAUUGUUCAUUAACCAAACGGAACGUAUAUUUUGAAAAAGAGAAAUCUAAACGCAAAUUAUUCGCCAUCUUUUAACACUAGAAUUAGGUCAAAAUGACUUAUCUCUGAUUUCUUAUAAUUACUGAAAAGGUAGAUACU